AUGGCUGUCGGAAAAAACAAGAGGUUGUCCAAAGGAAAAAAGGGUAUUAAGAAGAAGGUUGUCGACCCCUUCUCCCGAAAGGAAUGGUACGACAUCAAGGCCCCUUCAUUCUUCGAGAACCGAAAUGCCGGUAAAACUCUUGUGAACCGAACACAAGGUCUUAAAAACGCCAACGACUCCCUCAAAGGACGAAUUGUUGAACUUUCUCUUGCCGAUCUUAACAACGACCAAGAGCAAGGUUUCAGAAAGAUCAAGUUGAAGGUUGAGGAUGUUUCCGGAAAGAACUGUCUUACCUCUUUCGCCGGUAUGGACUUCACCACCGACAAGAUCCGAUCCGUCGUACGAAAAUGGCAAUCAUUGAUUGAAGCUCACGUUGAUGUCAAGACCACCGAUGGAUACUUGUUGAGAUUGUUCGCUAUUGGAUUCACCAAGAGACAAUUCAACCAAGUUAAGAAGACCACCUACGCCCAAUCUUCUCAAAUCAGAGAGAUCAGAGCUAAGAUGGUUGAGAUCAUGAAGAGGGAAGCUGAGGGUUCAGACUUGAAGGAAUUGGUUCAAAAAUUCGUUCCUGAAUCAAUUGGUCGAGAAAUUGAAAAAGCCGCCAAGGGAAUCUACCCUCUUCACAACGUCUACGUGAGAAAAUGCAAGAUCAUCAAGGCCCCUAAGAUUGAUGCUUCCAAACUUCUCGAACAACACGGUGAGGCCACCGAUGUCAACACCGGUGCCAAAGUAGUCAAAUCAGGAGAAUUCGUCGAACCCGAAGUACUCGAGUCCGUAUAA